GAGACCCUCAGUCAAUACCCACACAAGCUACAGGUGUAGAUCAGAUGGGGUCACAUCAUAGAUGGUCACAGGGACUGACUGGACUAGUGAUGCUCACAUUCAUACUAUCACAUACGACAACAUGCCAAUUUAUGGUGCAACCAGUAUCAGUGGUGCAGGCCCAAGGGGUAGAUGCAGUGUUCGAGUGUCGGUAUCUUGGCGCACAAAGUUACAAUUGGGGGCUCAAUGGAGAGUUUCCCACUGACGGUAAUUACCCACCUGAUGUGACUUUUACCCCAUCGUCUGGUGAUACCCCAGCAACACUGACUAUCCCAGCCACAGCACAGUACAACAACAUUGUUGUGCAGUGUGAGGCAGUAGUUAGAGACGGACGAGUGUUCAUAUCCAAAUUGUCAGUAAAUGCUACAUUGCAAGUGCAAGGACCUCUUCCUGCUGUCGCUGAUCUGACUGUGAGCAAUGUUGCUGGGAACUGUUUACAACUCAACGUCACCUGGGAUGCUCCCUUCUCCUUGAACUUGACCACUGCUGAACCAGACAUUCAGUACUGUGUGGAUGUGUAUAACGUCACUUGUGAAACAGAGGAAAACAUGCUGCAGUCUGGAUGUAACAUCACUACCACCCAAUAUCUUUUUGAUGUAGCCUAUCAUGUGGGUACUUACAGCUUUUCUGUGACACCACGAAGCAACAAUGACGGAAGUUUGAAUGGAACCACAAGCACAGCACAGUUUAGCUAUGAACCACAAGCAAUACCCAUUGAUGAGGUUAAUUUCACUACAAAUACGGAAUUGAACCCUCUACAAGUGACAUUUCCCGCAAGUCUCGUCCAUGAGUGUCGAGUACCAGAUAGGUAUUCCGUUCUACUUCAGUACAUUGACCGAGAAGUUGCUGAUCCCUGUAUUUGUUCCACUGAUUCGUCAACUGAAGUUUCUGGAAAUAAACAGAUGAUUGUACUUGAUCUUAACUGUAGUAGCUGUAAUAUUGAACACCAUCGACGGUGUAAUUUGACUCUACUAGCUGAAAUUAAUCUACAAAACAUACCACCAGUUAUGACCAUGGAUAUAAGUACUCAUGACGUGUAUAAAGUGACCAAUUUAAUUAUGGAGGAAAAUGAAGUUUCAAUCACUGUCAACUACCUUCAAAAGUCUAAUGAUACUGGUUUCGUUGCCAUUGUGUACUCUGUUGACUCCCCUUAUGAUUUACACUACCAAGCAGUGUACAGGGAAAAUACUUCAUCCACUGUUGGUAACCUUGCUGAUCGUGUUUACAAGUUGGCUGUUUUUGAUUUGAAUGAUGUUAUGAAACCUGAGAGAAAACUAAUUUUUCCGGCUGUUCUACCUACCAAAACACUGGAUAAUACUCGAUAUGGUACCACUGAACGCAGGGCAGGAGGAGAGGAUAUGAAUGCUACUGAAGUCAACGGAAUGAUUUGCAUCAGUUGCAGCUCUAGUUGUGUGGGGAUCAUCCACUCCCAAUAUGGGCUUGACCAAGGCAGCAUCACACUGAUUCCACGGACUGUCAAUGACUCUGGCCAAAACUGCACUGAAAGCAUACCUAAGGGAAUCUACUUUGCUGCCAUAUUCAAACGAUGGUCUAAUGCACUUCAUGAAGUGCCAUCAUACAAAACCAUGAUUCCCAUUGGCUUGUCCACUUCUACUACUGCCUCAGACACUCGUACAGAUGCUCAUACUCCAGCAACCCCUGAUGUAGAGACAGCGAUAGUAGGAGGAAUUGCUGCUGCUAUUUUCAUUACUUCCCUAGUACUAGUAGUAGUGGUGAUCUUCAUUGUGUUUGUUUGGAGAAGGAAAACAGAUAAGGAUCUGAUCACAGGCCUUGGUGCAUCAAGCAUAGCAAAUCCCACUAAACAGGAGCCAAGCAUUUCUGAUGGUCUAAAGCGAAAUGAAGCGUACGAUCCAGUGACGUUGCUGACUGAAAAUGAUGCCUACAAUAUUUUGAAUAUCAGAAGCGGUAUGUGCAGUCAGAUGACGGAAAGAAGUCCUAGUCCACCCCACAUAUAUGAUGAGCCGAUGCUUCUAACUCGUAUACCAGCUGUUUGAUUUGUUGCAAACUUCGCACUGAAACAGAUUACGGAUUCAUAUAGUUUAAUACUGCACUAACUCACUGAACUGUUGUACAUAAUUAUGACUUCUAUAGCUUAGGUGUAGGUAGAUUGUUACAGUAACUUUAAAGACCUCGCUCGUGCAUGGUUUUAAGAGUAAAAUGGAGAUAUUAUAAUAACUAAUAAUAAGUGCUCAUGCAGUGAUUAAUGAUAAUUAUCAUAAAA